AACGAAAUGAUCUGCCCCGAGCCGCAGCAAAAUGCGGGAUGGACACCUACUCCUGGGAUGGUUAUCGUUCACAGUUCUAGUGUAUCUCCUCAGCCUGCCUGGACCAGCCGCAGCGUAUUUCGGGUUGACAGGUAAUGAACCCCUGUCCAUCCUGCCGCUGAACUCGAUCCCGGAGAAGAACGUGGGCAGGGCCCACUACAAGCUGUGCGACCGGCUCAAACUGGAGAAGAAGCAGCGCAGGAUGUGUAGACGAGACCCAGGCGUGGCGGAGACCCUCAUGGAGGCCAUCAGCAUGAGCGCCUUCGAGUGUCAGUAUCAAUUCCGCUUUGAGAGGUGGAAUUGCACCUUAGAGGGGCGUCACAGGGCCAACAUUUUAAAGAGAGGAUUUAAAGAGACAGCCUUCUUGUACGCCAUCUCCUCGGCGGGCCUGACCCAUGCGAUGGCCAAGGCCUGCAGCGCGGGGCGGAUGGAGCGCUGCACCUGCGACGAGGCCCCCGACCUGGAGAACCGCGAGGCCUGGCAGUGGGGCGGUUGCGGAGACAACCUGAAGUACAGCAACAAGUUUGUCAAGGACUUCCUGGGCAAACGCUCCAACAAAGACUUACGCGCACGCGUGGACAUGCACAACACCAACGUGGGCAUGAAGGUCAUCAAGGCCGGGGUGACGACCACUUGCAAAUGCCACGGAGUCUCCGGCACCUGCACAGUGCGGACCUGCUGGAGGCAGCUCUCGCCCUUCGGUGAGAUCAGCAAGCAGCUGAAGCAGCGCUACGAGACCUCCCUCAAGGUCGGCAGCUCCACCAACGAGGCGACGGGCGAGGGGGAAAUCUCCACGGGCCGCAACCAGCCGCAGCAGCCCCAACAGCAGCCCCCUCUGGCUGGCCCCAGCGACCAGAUCCCUCGCACCAUGGACCUUCUCCACAUCGAGGACUCGCCCAGUUUCUGCAGACCCAGCAAGUACUCGUCAGGCACGGCGGCCCGUAAGUGCUACAAGGACAAGAACUGCGACGCCAUCUGCUGCGGGAGGGGCCACAACACCCAGAGCCGAGAGGUGACCAGGCCCUGCCAGUGCCAGGUGCGCUGGUGCUGCUACGUCGAGUGCAAGCAGUGCACGCAGAGAGAAGAGGUCUACACCUGCAAAGGCUAGACUGCUCAGUUCACCUUCGGGCUGUUCGGCGUCGGAGUGAGUUGAAGACGGUUUCCGGAGAGGCGGUUUCCGGAGAGGCGGUGCCCGGCAGCGGCCAAGCCAUUUUUUUGAUCUCGGACGAUGUUUUGCUUCCGCUGUCGGAGAAAGUGUUCUGCAGACAAAAGCGAGAAAGCAGAUGGA